AUGUCGUCUCUCUCGGCGCCGGCAGCUUCCUCCAUCCUCCUCCAUGCCUAUGCCUUGCUGGUCCUCACGACGAGGACCCUGCUUCUCGUCGCCGCCACAGCAUCAUCGUCUGUCCCGGUGGACGACGUGAACACGACGACGACGAUGCUGACCACCAACGGUUCGGUGACGACGACGACGACGUCUCCCAUCAUGAGUGCCGCUGCCGCUGCCGCUGCCGCUGCCUCCGAGAAGUGGGAGAUGUACUACUGCUUCCUGUGCACGGGGCGCCACCCGCUGCUGAUCCACCGCUGCCCCAUCUACUGGGACGAGUGCCAUAUCAACUGUUGGGAUGCCAUUCCCGACGAUCCAUCAUCAUCAGCACCCCCGGCGCCACCAGUGGGCUCAUCGUCGUCGGCGCCGGCGCCGGGCAAGGAUUGCUACGUCAUGAAGCUGUACAAUUCCGGCCGCUACGUCAUCGUCCAACACCUGAACUGCGAUUACGUCGCCACGUACGCGUGCUUCCUCACCUGCGGCGGCGGGGAACUAGUAGCCGAUCAUCAGAAAGCUGCAGGCGCAAUGGCCACCACCACCACGGUCCAGCAGGGGAGCCUUUUGCCUUUCGAGCUCUGCAACACGCAGCUGCUGGUCAAUGCUCUGCGGGCUCCACCAUCAGCAGGCGUCGACGUCGUCACGGCGGCUCAUGGUGGUGCACAUUGAUCGACGUACGAUCGACGGUCCUAGCUAUAGCUAGCUCUAGCUCCGCUGAUAUUUAUGUUAGGUUUUGUCAGGAGUUGUUCAGUUUCCAACCUGUUCUUUCUCUCUAGCUCGUGAGAAUGAAGGUUUUAUCAUCCUUUUAUUUACAUCUUACUUAUUAAUCAACUAUAUAUGGGAGGACACAUGCAUGGCAAUGCGGGGCUA